AUGGAUGGCCGUGGUGUCGAUGGCUCUCGUAAUGGCCCUCACGGCCAUUGCUAUGUGGGGGUUGGCUCUGGCUUCGAGUCGUCCGGUUUGACCGAUUUCGAGAUCGAACGAGUUGAAUUGACUCGCUGCGAUCUUCAACGCUCCGAGGUGGAUGGAUCUCAGUUUGGCUUUCCCUGGUUCUAUCGUGGCCAUGGCUUGAGCGACUCCGCUUCAUACCUUUUGCUUCGCGGGCCAACAAAGCAACGGCACGAUUUAUUGAGACUGGACCAGUGUAAUGAAGACUAUAUUCGAAGGUCGGAUUUCCUUGUUCCCAGACUUCAAUGCGAGGUGUGCUUCGCGCGGGAGAGGAGGAUGGUGAUGGCGAUCGCGCAUCUUUGUGGUCAGGAAACCUCCUGGAAGUAG